ACUGUACAACAUGUGCUUUUAAGUGCGCGAGAUUUGGGAUUAUCAAAUGUCCAGCAAAGUCGUUAAUCCGAAAACAAAAAGAAGUAGAUAUCCUCGAACAGUUGUCCAGAAGUUGAAGUCUGUCGGGCAAGCUAUUGAACCUAAUUUACCAGUAAAUGGUGUCUCGGGUGCUGAUAAACCAUCUUCAAACAAUGCAUACUGUCCUCAUUGGUCUCAUGAUGACCUAAUUUCGGGUGUCAGAAAUGGAACACUUCUAUCAGGUAACCUUCGUAUCAAUCCGAAAAACUUCGAAGAUGGAUACGUAAAGCACCCGGCUGGUGAUGCUGAUGUAUAUAUCUCAACUUUAGCAUCCAGAAACCGAGCACUACCAAAUGAUAUCGUUGCUGUCAUGCUGGAACCAAAGCGCAACUGGAGGGUAUUUGAUUCUUUUAUUGAUGAAGCCACCAUGAGAGAAAUCGGGGAUUCAAAUCAGAAGAAGAAACUUAGAUAUGUUACUUUGGAACAGUUUCUUAAGAUUCAACCCAUGGGGUUAGAGCAACUCAUAGGAAGUUGUCUUGCAGAAGAGAUUGCACAGGAUCUAGAUUCACCUUCAGAUCCUAUUGACUCCUCCUCAAGUGAGCAAGAUGUGCAAAGUCACAAAGCUUGGUGGGCGAUUAUACAAAGGACUGGCCAUGUUGUUGGAAUCCUUCAAUCGCUACAUUCCCGUGCUUUCAUAGGAAAUCUUCAAAUUCCUAGUAAUUUCCAAACUCCGAAAAAAGUAUCUCCGAAAGGUGAUCAGAAUAAUAACCAAUCAGAGGCUAUACGUACAGAUCCAGUUCUUUCUAAUUGGAAGAAUGCUGUGCUCAUACCUACGGAUACACGCUUACCACGAGUCUUCAUACCUCGUGAAGCUUGUCCGGAAGGAUUCCUGAAAAAUCCCGAAACCUACAAAAACGUUCGUUUCAUUGGUCGUAUCACUGAAUGGUUUGAUUCGAAUAUGUUCCCGAAGGGGGAGUUGUUACGAGAAUUGUCUUGUGACUCUUCCACUCUGAUUCAGGAUGAAACGGAUAGGAUUUUAGUUGGUGCAGGAUUUAUUUGGGGUGUGGAGGCAGCUUUCCAGUUUCCUGAUAUUGUCACUGAAUCAGUUCGUAAGUCUGUUGAUGACGUGAAUGCUAUUCGUGAGAAGGAUUUUAUUUUCCGUAAAGAUUUUCGAAAAUAUUGUGUUUUUACGAUUGAUCCCAGUACCGCUAGAGAUCUUGAUGACGCUUUGCAUAUUAGACAGUUGGAACCGAGUGAAAUAGAAAAAUUAGAAUGCAGCGGUUAUCGAAACGCAUUUUACGAGGUUGGUGUACAUAUAGCUGAUGUUUCAUAUUUUGUGAAACCAGACAGUCCAGUUGAUAAGGAAGCGGCGUCCAGAGCAACUUCUAUAUAUCUAGUGCAACUGUGCGUGCCUAUGCUUCCACGUCUACUUUGUGAAGAACAAUGCAGUCUUAAUCCAGGAGAAGAUAAGUUAGCGUUUUCUGUGGUAUUCACUGUAACUGAGGAUGCCAAGAUUUUAACAACAUGGUUUGGUCGUACAUUUAUUCGUUCUUGUUGUAAACUCAGUUAUGAAGAUGCUCAGGAAUUUAUUGAUCACCCUGAUAGGGAUUGGUCGUCCAAUGAAUUUGUCAAGGUAGAUCAACCAUAUACCGUAAUGGAUAUGUGUAAAAAUGUCUUGAAGUUAAACGAUCUGGCUACUAAAAUGCGUAAAAGUCGUUUUCACUCUGGAGCGCUUCGCUUAGAUCAAGUAAAGUCUACCUUUUCUCUUAAUAACGAAAAUGGACUACCAUUGGGUAUAGCCCCUUACAUUUCGAAGCAGAGUAAUUGGCUUAUUGAAGAAUGGAUGUUAGCAGCAAACAAAUCAAUUGCUGAACGCUUAGCUAAAUACUUACCCGACUCAGCUUUUUUGAGACGACAUCCACCACCAUCUGUAAAACAACUGACCGAAGUUUCGUCUAGUCUAAAUGUUGCUGGGAUAAAUAUUAAUAUUGAUUCUGCCGGUUCAAUACAGGAUUCAAUUUGCCGUGAAGCAGGUUGUAAUGUCGAAGUUGGAUAUCACUACUCAGAUGCCCUUGUCAAAUUGUGUGAUGAUUUUAUGUCCAAUGUUUUGAUUCAUGAUGGCGAUUUAAUAGAAGAAAUGCAAAAAGUGAACCUCAACUCAGUUGUUCAAAAGGAGAAGUUACUACUCAAAACUCUUGAACAUGAAGCACGACUUCUUGUUACAGUUGCUUUAUUGACUAAAACAAUGAAUUUGGCUGUCUACUUCUGUUUAGGUCUACUACCAUCCGAGUUAUCGCCCUCACAUUAUGCUUUAAAUAUGCAAUUGUACACACAUUUCACUUCUCCUAUUCGUCGUUACGCAGAUGUUAUUGUUCACCGGCAAUUGUCAGCUACUUUGGCGAAAGAAGAAAGUGAUCCUGAAAAAGCAGAUUGGUAUUUAAGUACAGCCUUUCCAAAAGAAAUGACGCCAGUCGAAUUGCAACAACAAGCUGAGGUUUGCAAUUCUAAAAAAUUGUCUGCCCGACUUGCUGGGGAAGAAAGUGCUGAAUUAUUCUUUGUUCUGUUUGUCAAGGAAACAGGUCCAUUUAACGAAGUAUGCGCUGUAACAUCUGUGCUCGAUCGUUCAUUUGACGUCCUUAUCCUUUCUUGUGGUCUCACUAAAAGAGUUUAUUUACAGAAUCUAAAUUUGAAAAGUUAUGAAUUUGUUCCUCCCAAAACCGCUAUGGGAAAAGUCGUGGAGAGUGGAAAACUCUGUCUUCUGUGGAAUAGUGAUUUAUUAGAAAAUUUCAAUAUAAAGGGUUCGGAUUCUGCAGAUUGUAUUCAAAAUAUUACUGUUAGUUCGAAAACUACAUUAUCAAGUUGUGAUUGCUUUUAUAUGGAAAUUAAAGUUUUUGAUGUUGUCCGGUGUCGCGUUUCAGUUGAUUCUUGCAGUUCAAUAGACGAUGCCAGUCAGUGUGGUCGUCAAAAUACCUUAUUGCCAAAAUUACUUGUUACACUACUACGGUCAACAUGUAAAGAAUGUCACGUUGUUUAAUUAACUAAAUAACUUUCAUUAAUGAAGAAUUGGACAAAUUGUACAAUGUUGUAAUAUAUGUAUAACUAAAUGCUACCUUUCUACAUUCGUGAAAAUAAUGUUUGUUUUUGUUUAUAGACAUCCUUUUGUUUACUACUAAGCUGUGAUGUUACGGUUAUACUAUUAGUAUAUUAUUGUUGUUAAAUAUAUUUUGUGGUUUAUAAGUUAGGUCCCUCAUCGAAUUUGUAAAUUUGAAUUAUUGAAUGUUCUUCUAUUAAGUACAAGUAAAUAAGUAUAAAUAUGACAGGUUAGCUGGUUGAUAAAAUACUGUAGUGAAUAAUCGCCAGGUGAUUUCAAACUGAAUGCAGUGGGUUUGUAAAAAUGGUCAUACAUGUAGCAGUGGAACUAUCAAAGCUAUUAUCCCAUGCUUCAUAUGUCUCUCUGCAGCUGAUUAUUUUAAGGACUUUCAACCAGUAGUGCGCACUAUUAUAAAUACUUCAGCUAAACAGCCCAAGUGGCGUUACUAGAACUUGAGAAAUACGUGUGAUUCAUAGUUUAUUACUGACGUUUGUACUGGCUUGAGCAGUUUGGUAGUAAACUGUGAUCAGUUUAUAUAAGGUGUUUAGGUAGAUGCUUUCUGAAUUUAAAGUUUGUGUCUAGCUGUAAAACCAAAACAUGCUUAAAAUCAAUACUUAUAUGGCUAAAUCUUGUCUCCACAUGAGUCAAUGCGUAUUCAUUUCAGGUUCGAUGUUGACUAUCACUGAUAUUUAAGUGUAAACUUUUUGAUGAACCAACUAUAAUCUGUUAUUAUAAAUCUCUGAUAAUUUUAUAUAUCAUGAUUUCCUUUACCUAUGUCUCGUUUGAAUAAAUCAAUAAGGUAUUCUGUGCUUAAUACUGAGGCUUCCCCUUUUUAAAUCUUAUUGAAUAAUAUUAGUUGUCAUCAGAGGUUGUGUAGGGGUUGGUACUAUGUCAAGCCCACGUAAGUUAUUCUAACCUCUGGACAGACAAAUCUGCUCAUUCUUCUCAAGUCACAUUCUUACUUUGUUACUUAUUCGCUUAUUAACUUUGUUUUUAUUUGAGUGUAUGUGUGUUGAUUACUUACCCUACUCAUUAUGUGUCUAAACUAUUUUUGUUUGACUAUAAAUAUCGAGUCACGCUUUAUUAAAACGAGUUGACUCACUCGCCUUAUCCACUGAGUGUCCUCACGUUGCGUUUCUUAAUUAUCAGACGCCUAUCUAAGACUCGUGAACUGCAAACACGAGAGACUCAAGCUGGCUUCAGACCUGGUCGUGGCUGCAUCGACCACAUAUUCACCAUUCGUCAGGUUCUAGAACACAGGCAUACUUAUCGGCGUCCGACAAUGGUGGUCUUUCUCGACUUAAAAGCAGCAUUUGACUCUGUAGACCGCGAGAUUCUGUGGCAGUGUCUGUCAUUGAAAGGCGUACCCCAGAAGUACAUAAACCUUGUAAAGGCUCUUUACUCGAACACUUCUAGUCAAGUCGGAGCUUAUGGCAAACUGUCAUCUACUUUUGCAACCUCAAGUGGUGUCCGUCAAGGCUGUCCACUUUCUCCAUUUUUGUUUAACUUCAUCAUAGAUCUACUGAUGGAAAUAACUUUCUCGUCGACUGAGUUCUCGGGUAUUGAUCUCCAUCCAGGAGGUCCACUUAUCGACUUAGAAUACGCAGAUGACAUAGUCCUGUUUGGUGAAGACGCUGACAAAAUGCAGAGUCUUCUGGUAGCACUGAGCAACAAUGCCAGGAUGUUUGGGAUGCGCUUCUCUCCCUCUAAAUGCAAGUUGUUGCUCCAGGACUGGUCUGCGUCAACACCUGAACUAAGGAUAGGGAGUGAAGUAGUCGAACGCGUCGACAACUUCACUUAUCUUGGAAGUCUGGUCAGCCCUAAUGGGCUGGUAUCGGACGAAAUCUCAGCACGGAUUCGAAAAGCUCGUUUGGCUUUUGCCAACCUGCGUCACCUAUGGCGAAGGCGAGAUAUCCGUCUAUCAAUAAAAGGACGAGUAUACUGCGCGGCAGUCCGUUCUGUUUUAAUUUACGGCAGCGAAACAUGGCCAUUAAGAGUAGAAGACACUCGUAAGCUAUUAGUAUUUGACCACAGAUGCUUUAGAAAUAUUGCUGGCGUCUGCUGGGAUCACCGGGUAAGUAAUAGUGAGGUUAGACGUAGGGUAUUAGGGAAUGAUGGUAAAUCAGUUGAUGAGGUUGUGAAUCUUCAUCGACUGAGAUGGUUGGGCCACGUGUUACGUAUGCCUGAACACCGACUACCACGACGUGCAAUGUUAUCCGGUAUUGGAGAUGGUUGGAAGUUAGGGGCGGCCAAACCAAAACGUGGCAUCAGUGCUUGAAGACACUAACUUCUAGUCUGAGCCAUGUUAGUAGGUGCAGACUACCUGGUUGGGGUCCACGUGACUAUCGUAACCAUUGGUUGGAGACUCUGUGUGACAUGGCUCAGAAUCGACCACAAUGGCGUCGGUGUAUACACUCCCUGUCUUCCCUUAAACUAAGAGAUUAAAAUCACUUCAUAUCUUUCUUUCUACGAACCAAUUCUUUCUUCUUGUACUAUAUCUCUAUAUGCAAUCUUUCUCUUACAUAUUACUACCUUUGACCUAACCACUGCUAUGAAUCCGGUGUUCAUCUUGUGCUGAUGCGGUAUGGCAACUUGGACGAUGCACAUAUGUGCCUGGUCCUACGUUGUAGCUGACUGACUGACUGACGUUGCGUUUCUCUUUCUCCGCUUCGUUUCUCUGAUCGUCUCUCUGGAUCAACGAUUGUAUAAAAUAUACAUAUUCGAAAUCCAUUCUCGUAUUUGACUUGUUUAGUCCUAUUAUUCACCAACGUGAUUUAAGUCGAUAAAAUUAUACACGAGGGUAUUCCGGAUUUAUAUUUCGAUAGUAAUCAUUCAUCCAAUUUAAUUGGAAUCCGGUAAAGGGUUACUAACUUUGUUGAUGUAAUGAUAGUGCAUAUGAUUCGUUAGAAUUGUCAUCAAAACUAAAAACGCCACAUGCCGUGGUACGGUCGAAAGUGGUAAGAACCAACUCUCCCUCUCAAAACGCUCUCACAUGACCACGCGUGUACAGCCGCUGCCAGGGAAGUCCUACUCAUUGUCUUCUCGCGGCAGGGAUAUUGUUUACGAAGUCGAGAGGACGAAAAUCUAAUUUUCGGCGCUUUAACCGGGUUGGUGGAUGUGGAGGACCCAUCUAGCGGAGUUGGGAAAAAUCCUGAUUCCAAAUCAAUAGUUCAUAUAUGCUCCAGAAUCCUGUGGGCAUAAAUGGCAUAUGAACCUAUUGUUGGUCACCGGCUACUAUGGGACUGCAUCUCCUAACGUUGCUCCGCUGCCUUAGACCUUUAGGUCAAUGGCUCGAGGAGUGGUCUCCUAAGAAAACCAUUUGCUCCAGUUUGGGAGCCCGGACAGCAUCACAGUUCUCACAGAAAUCAAGUGAUUUCUGAGGCUCAUAUCUAUUUGGUGCAUCCUUGUACCGAUGUUUAUGAGUUUAAAUAAAUAUUAAAAUGUCUUAUAUACGCGCGUAAAAGCGAAACUCGACGUAGCUAAUGCUGUAAUUUGUACUUUAGAAAUAUCUUGUAUUAUAUAGCACUGCAUAAGUUUUUUAACACUACAUUGGUGAUCACUUUUGUUCAUUAUGGGUGUUCUGAAAAUUCUGAUUGUUGAAUAAAAUGUUGCUUAUGACUUGUAAUAAUUUUUUAUUCACAUUGGCUAUCCAGUUAUAAUAGUCAUCUGGUUUUUCUGAAUAUAUUAAACAUGGUUGUUUUUUGACGAUGUUAAUUUUGUCCGACGUUUGGACUGAGCAAAAACAACAACUUUUGUCAUUCAAAUUAUAAAUUUAUAUUCCAAUUCUUUCGCUUUCAUUUUCGAUGUACUUUAUACUCCUCAGAAUGACUUGAUAGUAUCAGUGUUAAUGCUCACUUUAUGAAAUAUAUACUUUUUUCAAGAUUCAAUUACUUUUUAUGUAACAUAUUAUUUGACAUGUUGAUAUCUUUUUUAUUUAUGAUUGUAUUGAAUGGG